CUUUCUCAUUCUCGUCCAUUUAAAGGACACGACAAGCUAUCGAGCGCUAGGUCGGUCGCCUAGCUAGCUAGCUAGCUGAGGAUUAAAGACUUGCUACAGAGAAUGCUGAGAGAACGUUGAAGCGUAUCGGAAAUACCGAAUCGAGCCGAGCCGUGCCGAGCGAGUACCGACCGACGUGUUUUCUCGGAGAGCUUCUACGUUUUACGGGACUACUUCGUAUCGCGGAGCAAAAAGAUAGAUAGAAAGAAAGAGAAACAGAAUGAAAGAAAUAAAGAAAGAAAGACAGAGAUAGAUAGAUAGAUAGAUAGAAAAAGAAAGAAACAGAGAGAGAGAGAGAGAGAGAGAGAGAAUUAAGAUUCGACGUAAGUCGCCUUACAAACGAUUUCAAGUUUUCAAACAGCGAACGAAACCUAAAUAACAUAACAGAUAACCCAAAUAUACGUAAUACCUAACGAAUAUAUUCAAAGAGAGAUAAUGAAAAAGGAAGAAUAAUUCAUUAUCAGAAUGAUCGAUCGAAAGGAUUACGUUAACAGGAUUUUCGAUCGAGUGUUACGUAUAUUAUAGUUUGGUUGAAAAGAGUCGAGGAGGUGGAAGAAGAAAAUGAAGAUGAAGAUGAAGAAGAAGAAGAUGAAGAAGAGAAGAUGAAGAAGAAGAAGAAGUAGAAGAAGUAGUAGAAGUCGGUGGUAGUGUGGUUCGAUGUUGGAGCAAUGACGAUGGGAAGCCGAGCGGAGCCGAUCGGAGCCGAACAAGGCGCGAUGUCCGUUUCGAAGCGGAUUCGAGAGGCUAGCAUGAUCCGUCGUGUCGUAGAGAAACAUAAUAUAUCGGUGAGGGGGAGGUGAGGAGGUAGAGAACGACGAAGGAGAAGGAGGAGAAGGAGGAGAAAGAGAAGGAGGAGGAGGAGGAGGAGGAGAAGGAGGAGGAGGAGAAGGAGGAGUUGGAAGGGUCGACGGAAGGAGGAAAAGAAAGAAGGAUCGUAAUAAUGAGGAGCUCUGUGAGAAGAGACUACGAGGGUGCGGGAGAAGGUCGGAUGGAAGGAAGAGGGUCUUUUCUCGGGAAACGAUCAGUCAGUGUGGUGGUCCAGCGAGAAGGACGAGGACGCGUCCUUGGUGUUUGUCGGUCGAGGUAGUUAUCGUGAGGGGUAGAUUCGUCACUGUCCAACGAUAACUGUUACGACGACGACGACGACGACGACGACGACGACGACGACGACGACGACGACGACGACGACGACGACGGUGGUAACGAAAACGACGAUAUCGACGAAGAGAGGAUCGUUCGAGGAGGAAGAAAAGAGAGAGAGAGAGAGAGAGGGAGAGAGAAAGAGAGAGAGAGAGAAAGGAGAAAGAAGUGAAUCGAGAGAGUAGAGUAGCGAAAAGAGAGGAGGGGUGGUGGUGGUGUUGGAGAGGAGGAAAAGAGUCCGACACAUACAGUAAGGAGAGAGAGUGAGUCUCCUCGAGCGUGUAGAGAGGCGCCGCCGAAUCGAGCCGGGCCGAGCCGAGCCGCGCCGAGAGUUAGCGUUGAGGCCAAGUCGAGCUGUGCCGAGCUGCGCCGAGCUGAGCCGAAGGUUAUACCGGUGUCAGCCUGCACGAGCAGGCGCGCGCGUCCUCUCCUCUUGCGCGCGUCCAGCCGAGCGAGUAAGCGAGUAAGCGAGCGAACGAGCAAGCAAGCAAGCAAGCAAGCAAGCAAGGAAGGAAGGAAGAAAGGAAGCGAGCGGAGUAGCCGAUAAACGAGUAAGUCGGAGCAGCAAGCAAGCAAGCAAGCAAGCAACUAACUCGAAGAUCGUAGGAGGACGUCAUCGAGUAAAGGAAAAGAAGGCGGCAAUAAGACGGAGGUAAAAGGUAGAGGAGAAGAUAGAUAGAGAUAGUAUAGAAUAUAAAAGUGAUCCGCGAGCGCGUGUGUGCGCGUCUCUGAUCGCGGCUGAUUCUCGCGCGCGCGCGCUCUCAUCGCCGGCCGUGUAUGGACGUCGUCACGCAUGGUGCACGCACCGAGGAGGACAAGGCUCAAGCCCUGGAAUCCGGCUCUCGUCUACGUUCCUCCGCGCGGCUCGGUUUCAACUCCUCUUCCUCGUCGGCUGCAUCAUCAGCGACAACAACAACAGCAGCAGCAGCAGCAGCAGGAACAGCAGCAGCAACAACAGCAGGAGGAGGAGGAGGAGGAGGAGGAGGAGGUGGUGGUGGUAGUGGUGGUGGAGGUUCGUCGGGAAUUAACAACAGCAGCAGCAGCGGCGGCAACGCAACCACCACUGGCAGCAGCACCACUGGUAAUAGCACCACCAACGCCACUACCACCUGCCGAGCAUCAACCAAGCGUAAGAGAAAGAAGAGAAGGCGUCAACGACGAAGCAGCAACGCGGCGAACGACGACAACGACGACGACGACGUCGUCGAGGAUCUUCCAGCCGUCCUUGACUCCUCCUCCUCCUCGCUCGUCUCAUCCUCCGGUACAUCCUCGCGCCACCUCGGCUCAUCCGUCGGUCUCCUCGAGGACAAUCUUUUACCACCGCCGCCGCCACCGGCACCGGCUACUGGCAAUAACACCAACAACAAUAACACAGGUGUUACCGGCACAUCUACCAGAAGAAGUCUCGCUCAGCAGGUUGACGACGAAGGUAAUACUACGACGACAUCGUCCCGCCAACAUCGACACCAUCACAACAACAACAACAACAACAACAGCGUCAGCGGUAACCACCACCACCGUCAGCAGCAACGAGCCGAGGAUAACGACGAUAACACUGCUACUGGCGGUGGUGGUAGAACCCGUGGAGAAGCUCAAGAGGAAUACAACAACAACAACCACGAGGAAGAAGAGGAAGACGAGGAGGUGGUGGACGAGGAAAGAUCGAACGAGAGGAAUCAUCGUUCUGAACGUAGAGGCUCAUCGCCGACUAUUACGGCACUGCGAAACGGAGGGAAUAGCAGCAACACGCGUUCAGCGUCGGCGGCCGCGGCUUCGACUGCUGCCGCUUCAUCUUCUUCCUCAUCCGUACCAAUUCUCGGCGACAUCACGUUUCUCAAUCGCAGGACGGCCAAACGAUCGGCCAGGAGAUGUAACAACGCGAGCGGUCGCAGGAACGCGAUGACGAUGGAUCUCCAGAGGCUGAUCAAUGAGGUGCACGCGAGACCGGCUAUCUGGGAUCAGAAGAACGUCAACUAUCACAAUCGCGACGUCAUACUGAAGAUGUGGCGGGAGAUCGCGAGAGCCUGCGAAGUUUCCACCGACGUCGCCAAAUCGAAAUGGAAGCACCUCAGAGACAACUUCAGGAACGAGUUGAAGAAGACUUAUCGGGGAAAAUGCGAUGGGAGUCUUGGUGGCGGUAGCGAACACGAUUCGAAGUGGGUCUGGUUUAGGAGCCUCUUUUUCUUGAGGGACCAAAUGAAUUCUAGGGUGAUCGGGUGCGCCCUUAAUCAAAAUUGUGCGGCCCUACGUUCCUCGCCCGACGGUACGCAGAUAGAACCACAAAUCGAUAUACUCGAAGGUCACGAGGAAACCCAAUUCGAUGAUUUAGACGGUGACUCGUGUCAAUCGUUGUUAUCGAACGACGACGGUCUCCAUCAUGUUAUGCCACCUCCUAAAAUGAAUAAAAUCGGAAGGAAACGAACCCUUAUGGAAGCCAUGGACAACGAUUAUCCUGAAAUGGAUAGGAAAAGGUACGACGCGUUACAGAAGAGAUUGGUCCUUGGUCAGGACGAGGAAGACGACACUUACCACUUUUUAAUGAGCGUCAGAAACCCUUUGAGAAGUCUUCCCCUCGAUAGACAAAUGUUUGUCAGGCUAAAGAUCCAAGAGCUCGUCUACAACGAGAUUAAUUCGCAAAAUCAUCAGUUACGUAGCUACGACGGCUCGCAAGACGUUAAACCGUUGAAAGGACAAAACGACAAUGGCAAUGGCACAGCUGGUAAUGGUGGAAAUGGUGGAAAUGGUGAUGUCGUUAGCGACAUGUCGAACCCUGCCUCGUUGCUACAGAAUUGCGCUACCGAGGGCUCGAGCGAUGACGCUUUCUUCGGCUGAAAAUUUUAUUUAUAGUUUACGUUAUUAAACUGUAAGAACAAUAAUUUUAUUAAUAGAGAAUAAACGACCGUAUUUUUUCAACAA